AUGGCCUUCAUCAAAAGUAUCUAUGUACUCUGUGUUUCCCUGCUAGCAGUAACUGUUUGUUACAAGGUUCAAUUUACUGCAGGGAGACAACUGAAAGCAUUCAAGGCAAAUGAUCAUGGAAAGGAAGAAACUUUAGCAAAAGUUUUAUCAGUAGAAGAUAGUGCUGGUGUUGAAUCAAAGACACUAAGGGAAGCUUUGGCUGUUGGCCACACCGUUGAGGGAAGCUUUGGUGAUCUAAAAGACACGGUACCAGGUCACAGCCCAGGCAUUGGUCACUCCUUUCAAACCAAAAACAACAUAGUGUUUGAGGGAAGGUCAAAGGAUCGUAAAGUCGUGAUACCAGGUCAUAGCCCAGGUAUUGGCCAUGCCCUAAAGGGAAGUUCAAAUGAUCUCAAAGCUAUUGAGCCAGGUCAUAGCCCAGGUAUUGGCCACGCCCUUAAGGGAAGUUCAAACGAUCUCAAAGCCAUUGAACCAGGUCAUAGCCCCGGUAUUGGCCACGCCCUUAAGGGAAGUUCAAACGAUCUCACAGCCAUUGAACCAGGUCAUAGUCCAGGCAUUGGCCACGCCAUUGAGGAAAGCUUAGAAGCCACAAUGCCCGAUCACAGUCCAGGCAUUGGUCAUUCUUUCCAAAAUAAAAACACCUUUCAGAGAAGUUUUGGUGAUCUCAAAGACACAACACCCGGUCACAGCCCAGGAAUUGGCCAUUCUUUCCAGAACAAAAACACCAUAACUCAUACAUUUCAGAGAAGUUUUGAUGAUCUCAAAGACACAACGCCUGGUCACAGCCCAGGAAUUGGCCAUUCUUCCCAAAACAAAAACACUGGUCCAAAUGAAUAG